GAUACUCGACAGUCAUUUACGCGCCGCGUUAUCACUCGUGAUACUUGGCUAAUCUCGCGUCGCGUUAUCACUCGCGAUACUUGGCUACUCUCGCGCCGUGUUAUCACUCGCGAUAUUACUGGCUUCUCUACUAUCACUCGAUACUUGUUACUAGCUAUUACUAGUUAUCAAUCAGUAGCUUCUAGAUAAGCUACCAGACACUUUAGCUUCUUUACUGUUACUUGCGACUCAUUACUAUAGCUACUUCAGGGAGUUAUCGAUAAGUUUAGCUCCUGGAAAACGUUUUUAGCUUCUUUAGCGAGCUGGUACCUCAACUGAGCUGAAGCUAAGCUUUGUUCCUGAGUUGAGCUGAUCAUCAUCUACUGGAGUGAAGAAGGGAUAUCAACUACUUUCCUUCAACUACUUGAGCUGAAUAUCAUUUACUGGAGAGAAAAAUUGCUAUUAACUACUUUCCAUCAACUAUUCGAGCUUAAUAUCAUCUACUGAAGUGAAAAAGGGCUAUCAACUACUUUCCUUCAACUACCUGAGCUCAAUAUCAUCUACUAGAGUGGAAAAGGGCUAUCAACUACUUUCCUUCAACUAUUCGAGCACAUCUACUGAAGUGAGAAAGGGCUAUCAACUACUUUCCUUCAACUAUUCGAGCUCAAUAUCAUCUACUGGAGUGGGAAAGAGCUAUCAACUACUCUCCUUCAACUACUCCAGCUCAAAAUCAUUUACUGCUAUCAACUACUAUCCUUCAACUAUUUGAGAACGUUAUUUGUUGCUAAGGAACAUUGAAUUUUUAAGGUACUUGACUGUGUUAUCACCUACUUUUUAAACGGGUUUCAACUACUUGAGCGAGUGAUUUGUUACUGAAGAACAUUGAAUUUUUCAAGGUACUUGAACAAAAUAUCAGCUACUUUUUGAAUGAUUUCGACGGACUUCAAGUCCUUGAGAACGUGAUUUGUUACUGGAGAAUAUUUCAAGAUACUUGCCUGCAGUAUCAGCUAUUUGUAGCUGCUAUUUGAACGGUUCUAGCGUCUUAAAGAUACCCUCAUUGUUUACUGGGUACAUUUUUUUCAAAUCAAGUUUUAUUGUUCACAUAGGUGGAUACACAUUGAAUAAACAUUAAAACAUACAUUUUUUUAGCUCUAAUCGACUCUUUUAUCACCAAUUUCAGCGACAAUCUUAGUUAAUAUUUAGUGAUUUGAAUCAGUUAACACCCAGUAAUGAGUUACUACAAACACCAACCAGACUCGUUUAGCUCGGCGAAAUGGUGGCUGACUGCAGGCUGCUGUGGAUUCCUGGUCACCCUCUCCUUUGUGGGAGCCAUUUUGUGGCUCGGCGUGAACGUCCGCCAAACGGAAACUUUCGUGACGUCAUCUACAUCAACCAACGUUCAGGACCGCCAACGCUUCCAACGUAAGCCGAUACCGCAUUUCCGAGAUUUACCGGAACCGGAACCGGAACCAGUUCUCCCGGAGAUCCCGCAGGAAUCACCACCGGUCCCUUCAACCCCUCCACCACCUUCGAGAACCUUCCGGCCCUUCGUGUCAAGCAGAGGUCGCAUCGAGAUGGUGAAACCCAGCGAGAUUGCUCACGAAAAACAACCAGAUGUGCCCACCAGGAUACGUCUGCCGAUACCUGAACACCCCCGCCAUAAACUCCCACAAAAUCCUCAACAGAAUGUGGAGUUCACAGACCACAAUCAACAAAACAUGGAGGAGUUUGCAGUCAAACACAACCCACCACAGCGAAAUCUGGAGGAGUUUGUAGUUGACCAGAGGAAACCAGGAGGUAAACUAGAUGAUCCAGUACCUGAUUACCCUUCAAGCCUGGAGGAUGCAUUUGGCUCAAUCCCUCCCGCCAGUGGUGGACCAUCUACUAAGAAGAAAAGUGAAGCCGUCUACCCCAAUUGGUUUGGAGAAGACGACAACCCUGGAUCACGGACAGUCGCUGAGAGACCUGAGAACCGUGUACUUCAGGAGGAUGGUGACAAUUACGAGUCUUCACAGUCAUCUGAUGAAUCCUUACCUGAACAGGUGAUUCCCGAUUUCAUUUACUUGAAGGAUGUGAAGAAUGUAAGAGGGGAGGAGGAGGCGACAACCAGGGUCAGCAGAAACCCCAUGUUGAUGUUUCUGAGGAGAAGGAUCCAAGAUUUGUAUGAUUGGAUGAGUGCUGGAGGUAAGGUAAGGUCGGACGAUGAGUGGUUGGAUUUGUUGAGAACCAUCAACAGAUCCAUCUCUGAUGGAAACUUCACUUCGGUUGUCGGGCAUUUGAAGAAGAUGUACAACGAGACCACCUCGGGGGUUGGGUUAGAUGAGUUACCUGUAGAUUCCUUAAUCUACGGGGGAGUAAACGGCUCAAUGAACCCUGUAUCCUUCGGAUUACUAGCCGUCGAUCUGUUCUUGUUACACAACGUACAACAGAUAGCCUGGAACGAGGAGUCCGGGUUGGGCGAGAAAAUGAUGAACGAUCCCGAUGUGGUAGCGAUGAACGCGCUUUUCCUGCCCACAGACCGUCUGCAGAGGUUACGAUCGGAAGGCUCCCGGCUAUUGACACAGUCUGCGAGCGGUACACAGCAGAAGCAAGGGUUCGUGGAUGAGCUGUUGGAACUGUUGACUGGAGGACUGAGGGCGGUUUUGAACCUGAGUCGCGCCUACCGCAGCUCGGUUACGGCGCGUGCUAGCAAUGCGGCAUCGCCCUUGGAUUGCGUAUGGACCCUUUACUGUCGUAACCUGGAGAAGACGGCGAGAUUGCACGGGCCGUACGGGUUUCUGGCCAAGAUCAACAGGCUAGGUUUGAGGCUGUUGAUGGGCGAAUUUCCCGUGGAAAAUGCGGUGGAAAACCUGGUGAAAGAAGCGACGCAGGGCUGGCAGGCGAUACAUUGCGAAAAAUUGUUCCCAAGAUGCGGUGGAGAAGAAGCCAAAGACAUCGUCCUAGAGACAGUCAUGAGGGGAUCGUCCAUCAACCAGUGAAAGUUUCCUUUUUUCUAAAUCUAUGGACAGUUUAUGUGAAGUCUGGUGACAAAGCCAGUCUUAGAACUCUCUCUACUUCCUAAACUGAACGACUAAACCAAAGUAUGUUGUACUCUAGAAACUAUAAAGUUUGUGAGAAAGUGGUACAUUUGGUCAUUGGAUUACAUCAUGAAUCGUCAAUGUAAUAAUUUUUUCCCAAUGGUACAUUACUGUUGGUCAUUGGAUUACAUGAAUUUUCAAUGUAAUGAUUAAAAAAAAAUGAUCAUACUACUAUGUCGAGAUACACACCAGACUGUCAGUUUAGGUUGAAUGUAAAUCAUUGUUAAUACUUAUGAGGAAAUCUGACAGUUUGAAGAGAAUCUCACUAGAAAAAGCUAUUAAAACAGACUAGAACUCCUUUCACUUCCCAAGUGUUGCAGGUGACUGAAGUAAGGAAACCAAAGUAAACGAAGAAACUAUUAAACUAUUACUGUAUAACCAAGGAGUUGACAUAUAGCCUAUAUUUCAAACCACAAUAAUCGAAAAGAAUGUAAAAUUAUGUCAUAAUACGGGACAUUCGAACGAAUGUUAUUUAUAUUUUCACUAAAGAUACAUGGUAUGAUAUGAUAAAAAUUAAUAUAAGAAUGUAAAACUAUAUCAUAAUAUGGGAUCUUCAUCAGAAUGUUAUUUCUAUUUCUACAAAAAAUACAAAAUGAUAUUUUUUGUGUAGUUAAGAAGUUGAUACUGUGGUAAUUAUUCAUAUUUAAUGGAAAAGACUGAGAAAUUGUCAAAAACCACAG